AUGAUCACGACAAACAUACUCGCCCUGGGGCUUCUAGGCGUAUCCAUCACUUUUGUCGUUGUUUCUUUCCUUCGUUCGGCCUUCACCGAAGGUCUUCGAGACAUCCCUGGUCCAUUGGGUUCUCGAUUUUUGGGUAUUCAAAGGGUCCGUAUGACUCGGAGUGGCGAUGCUCCAAGACACCAUCGAGCAUUGCACGAAAAGUAUGGGAGUGUCGUCAGGAUAGCACCGGGUCAUGUUUCGAUAUCGGAUCCGGCCAUGGUCCCGGUCAUAUAUGGCAUCAAUUCGAAAUUCACAAAGUCAAUGUUUUAUUCCCUAUCAGACGCCUACUUUGACGGUCGACGCAUGGAAACAAUCUUUUCGACCCGUAGUGCAGAGUGGCAUCGAUUCCUCCGGGGCCGGGUGUCACAAUUAUAUUCCAUGUCGAACCUGAGAGGUUACGAACCAUACGCGGACGAAUGUACGGCCAUUUUUACCCGUGCCAUGUACGAGUUACAAGGUCAAAGGAUUGAUUUUUCCGAAUGGUUACAAUGGUACGCUUUCGAUGUCAUAGCAUGUAUCACUUUCCAAAGAAGAUUCGGUUUCAUGGAAGAGAAGAAGGAUAUUGGAGGAAUGAUCGAGGCCAUUGGUGCUGCUUUCCCCUACAUGGCGACCGUGGGACAAUUGCCGUUUCUUCACCCUUGGCUCAGGGGCAACAAGAAACUCAUGUCUCUUUUGAAGAAGAUGAGACCCAACACACCAAAUCCAAUGGCAGAUAUCCUCAAGAUCACCGAAGACGAAAUCGCCAGGUAUGAUCGUCAACUCUAUGACAAGGAGAGUACGAGAACAGACUUUCUCGCCCAGUUACGUGCAAAGGAGGAAAAGACGGGGAGAAUGCCACAUGCUGAUCUUGUCAUGCACCUGUCAAGUAAUCUUCUCGCAGGAAGUGACACGACGGCCAUCGUAUUGAGAGCAUGCUUUUAUUACCUCCUCAAAAACCCCAGAUGUUACACCAAACUCGUGGCCGAGAUUGACGAGGCCGACGCUUCGGGUCGUUUGUCGAGAUUCGUAUCUCAUGAAGAAUCAUUGAGACUCAGAUACUUCCAAGCUGCACUCAAAGAAGUGAUGCGUCUACACCCAGGUGUGGCGUUGAUCCUCGAACGGAUCGUACCCGAAGGUGGAAUGAGUGUGAACAACUAUUACAUCCCGGCCGGAACCAACGUCGGGGUCAACCCUGCCGUGAUACAUCACGACAAGACCAUCUACGGAGUGGACGCCGACGACUUCAGACCGGAGCGUUGGCUCGAGGCUGGUGAAGAUCAGAUCAAGGCGAUGGACAGGAACCUCCUUACAUUUGGUCAUGGUUCUCGUACCUGCGUCGGGAAAAACAUAUCACUCAUGGAAAUGGGAAAGUUCGUGCCGCAGAUUCUACGAUACUUUGACGUGGAAUGGGCCUCGGAUAAAUCGGAAUGGACCGCAAAGGCAGAAUGGUUGUGGAGACAGUCUGAUGUGUUUGUGAGAGUGUACCCGAGGAAAGGCAAGGAACAGUUUCGAUAG